AUGUCGAAUCAGUCGUCUAAAGCACCAGCUGGCGAGCAAGCUGCCGUUGCUCUUGCACCAUCACGGUCCGAAUCAGAGCCAAUAGCGACUCAGCAAGCUUUCACGAAACACGCAGAGCCAGUGGUCAAGGUAGAGCCCCUCGCAGAGCCAUUGUUACCGGCGGAAACAUUACAACUCGUCGCUGUUGAUGAGCCGAUAUCCACGGUCACUGCUGCGCCUUUGGCGGCUAGGCUAAUUGGCUCGGCGAGUAGCAAUACUGCGCCUGAACUCACAUCAACCUCAGAUGCCGCUUCUACUGCUGCGGCAACAAACUUUGCCGCACCAGCAUCAGCUGCAACACCAGCACCGAAUACGAUCGCAGCAUUAUCAGCGCCUACCUCGAGUUCAAGCGCCAGGCCAGAAGGUGACGCGUUACGAACAGAGAUCAUGGGUCCACCUCCGUCUUUGCCUGCCGACCCUGCGUAUCCUCCACUCAACCCUGUUCUGACGGACAUGCCAGCGCCGGUCCCGAAUCCCAAACGACGGGCGCCUACCACUGCCGCCAACGGUACGUCCUCCAAAACUACAUCAUUACAAGCACCGGACGACUUCGUUCCUCCCACGAAUCUCAACGGCAAGAUGCCCUACGCACUCUUCCAGACGGUCAAGAAAGCUUUCGCACCGGGGAGCAAAAGCCCAGCCGAUCCUCACGCAUCUCAAAGCACGUCAACACUUAUCGAUGCAGCAACUGCGGCAGACAAUACUCGCGCUCCGUCCACUGAAGCGCUUUCAUCCGCCGCCGCCGCUGCCGCCGAGAAUAACAACAUUGAUACCAACACCGGCAACAACAGCAGCAGCAGCAACGUGGUAGAUCCGCUCAUCACAGACGUGCUGACGGAUGCAGACUCAGUCGCCACGGCGACAGCUACCCGCGAGACCAGUCCUGGAAGCUCAAUUGCGCCAGAGCCUAUCCAGAGCGUCACAACAGAGGAAGUUGCACCUGCACAGCAAACAGCAACGAGCCCUGCAACGAGUCAGUCGCUUGCCACUCCCUCAAAAGUCAUCUCCACCGACGCUGUUGGCUCGCCAUCAACGCCGGCUGCGACUAUCAGCGAGGUUCCCAACGACGCAUCGCCCUCUGUCGCUCUGCGUCGCAACCCUUCUAGUCGAGGUGCAUCGAUGCAAGCGUCACAGUCGAUCACUAGCUCCUACGCUGACCCAUUGGGUCUCAAAAAGCAUCGCGAAACACAGCUACAGGACGAAGCGCGAAGUCGCAGAUCCCCAUCAGCGAGCAGUAUUGGCGGAACACCCUCUGCGACCGCAGCAACGGCAGCUGGCAGCAAGAGGAGUAAUGCAGCUCGCACCAUUGUACCGCCGAAUCUGGUCGAGCCGCCACCGGGUAUGAUGCACACACCUGAAGGCCGACUUCGCACCAUUCCAGGCAUUGCAGGCGCACACGUGCCACCGGGACCCAACUCUACGUCGACCGACACCAACCUCACGCCGAGACUAGAGGACAAGGAAAGUGCCAAUAACGACUUCUGCGAGACUUGUGGUGGUCAUGGUCGAUUUGUGUGCUGCGACGGAUGUCCUCGCAGCUUCCACUUUUUCUGCAUGAACCCUCCGCUCGAUAUUGACGAGAUGCCGCCUUCCAAUGCGGCGCAGGUGCUGGGACCGGCGAAAGAGAAAGGAAAGGGGAAAGCGGGUCCACAUGGCUCCCAGCCUGAUCUCAACAUGGACGAGAUGUGGUUUUGCAACGUCUGCGUCGCUGAACGCAAGCCCAAAGCUGUGACAAAGCCGAAAGGAUUGGGACCGUUUGGCUGUCUGCUAUCGGUGCUAUCGCAGCACAAUCCAAAGAGCUUCCAGCUGCCAGCUGACGUACGGACGUACUUCAAGGACGUCGCAACCGCAAAUGACGGAGACUAUGUCAACGGAGCGAUGAUCCGACCGAUCAAGCCGAAUAAGCAUGGGCUAAUCGAGGCGCGCGAUCCGUACAGGCUGAAGGACAAAAAUGGUGAUGCUGUGCUGUGCUAUCGCUGCGGAGGGACUGCACUCCCUUUUGAGUCAGAACAGCCAGGUAUAGCUGGUUCAAAGUCACGAAAAGGUGCCAAAUCAGCACUUGUUGACGAUGUGACGACGGCGGCGCUGCCAGCAGAUCACACAAUCCGCGAAGGAACUGGCUGGCGUAAGAUCGUCAGCUGCGACUUUUGUUCUCUCCACUGGCACAUCGAUUGCGUUGAUCCUCCGAUGCUGGGCAUGCCCAGCAACCGCCGUAAGUGGAUGUGCCCGGCACACAGCGAUCAUGUCAACGAUCGUCGUCGGGUAGCCCGAAUGGGUACCGCAGUUCCCAGGACUUUCGACCUCCCACUUCCAUCUGCGAAAACCAUCGGUCCUGGUAAACACUUCCGCACUCGAGUCCUGAACAAUGGCGAUAUUGAUAUCAUCCCUGAUACCACGGAGGGGUUGAUGGGAGCCAACGGUAUUACAGGCAGUCUGCAGUCUGGGAUCAAAGAAAUUGCGGUGGUUCCAGGUGUUGUUGACUUGCCGUCGUUAACAGCGGGCGGGUCGAAAUUAGCUUCGAAGAUAAGGUAUCGAUUCCCGGAGAAGGUGAUCAGGACUGAUUUUUGGAGCAAGCUGAAGGCGGAUGAUGCCAAUAGCAUUGGAACGGUGUUCUAUGUUGCUGCUGCUGAAGUGGCUGGGCGGUCGCCGAUACGUUUGGUAGCUGCUGAGGAUGAGGCUAAGCCGGGGCAUGAGGAUGGUUUGACAAGGUACCGGCCGUUCGGAAGAAGAGAUUAUCCGAGGUCCGGGCUUGAUUCUUUGGCAGACAUCGCAGCUGCUCGGUUGGCUGGCGAUGAAGCGGCGAAGAAGCAGGAUUCGAGCCUCAUUCAGCCAUCAAAGACGAGACAGUUGGUAAUGACUGCUCUGGGCAUCGAUUUGCAGAAUGAAGAUGUGCCGGAGUCCAGCGUUAGGUCGUCGCUGGAGGAUGAGGAUGAAACUUCGCCGGACUCGCCGUUGUCGAGUUUGUCGGAUAGCGAGGUUGAGGCUGAAAAUGGCGCAGCCCCUGCCACUGGGCCUGCUGCAGCACCCGUUGCUGUUCCACAAGAUGCACCUGCACCUCCAACUGCACAUUCACCUGCCGCUACAGGCCCCGCCCUCUCCGAAGAAGAGCUCAUCAAACGCAUCGCAGCACAAGCAAGUCAAGGAGUUUCGAGCGGCUCUCCUAUUCGUCUUUCCAAACGCAAAGCAGCGGUUGCAGCCGAAUCAGCACUCUCUACCACUCCUGUCAACAAGAAGCUUCGGUCUGCUUCCCCCGCUGUCACUCCAUCUCCUGCCACUCGCGUCCUCCCUCCAAGCGCUGCUACACCUACCGUGUCAGUUGAGAUUAGGCCUGCACCAGCAGGUAAGAAGAUCACUCUCAAAACAAACGGCAAGGAGAAGCAGGCAGAGGAGAUGAUGGAGGCGAAGACGGCGAUGAGGAUGGCAUAUCAUCUAUCAGAGCAGUACGCGGACGAACGGAAGGAAAUCGAACAGUUAAGAGCGAUUAGAGAGUUGAUGCGGUUGAAAGGGCCGGAUCGGUUGCUGGAAUUUUUGUUGGCGCCUAAUGAUAACGAGCAGGCAGAGGGCGGAAAAUCUGCUUGA